AUGCUUUCUUUUUUGUUAGCCAAACUUUUUUCAAUCAUCAUCUUCCAAACCUGGAAUUUGCAUGGGUGUUCAGGACUUCAACUCAAAUAUAGUUUAUCAGGUGCCCAAGAUUAUCAUCAAGACCUUGAUUCAGCAUUUGGAACUGAAAGCUUUAAAAGUUCUUCUUCUGGAGGACAAUUCCCCCAAGAUCUGUGUGACUUGACACAAUACCAUAACAUAGGCCACACUCAGCAUCCUAAUGUUGCACAGGGAGAAAUUUAUGAUCCAAACAACCCACAUCAAUUUCCAUCUGGACUUUAUGGUAUGUACACUCCAGAACAAGGACACUUUCAGUGGCCUGAUAAUCAACAGACAGUUGGGAGUGAUUUCAGUUCAAUACAUUCAUUGGAUCCUCAAAGGAAUUCAGACCAUCUGGAAAGCAUGAAUUACAUCAAUAACAACCCUGGGCAUGGUUUAUAUACCCCUCAUGAUGAUUUUCUCUGGGGCCUGGACAACAUUCCAAUUCAUCCUCAAUUGCAUGGUGCAAGCUAUGUUAGAGCAACAGAUUUAGGUGAACUUUAUGAACCUCCUGAAUUAUCUCAAGAGAGUGCUUUCCUCUCAAGAGAAAUCAUGCCAUCACACUCAUCAGGCAAAGUUGUUCCUCUGCAAUCAAAGAAUCAGAAUCAAAAAGGCUACAUUGGAUUGGUUAAUGAAGAAUAUCCAACAACAUUGGAAGAAAAUGUGGAAACAGAUAAUACAGAAUUCUUUCAUGGAAUGGCCAUUCAUCAUACAUCUCAAUUAGAAAAAGGUUUAUACCAAAAUACCAGGCACAAUAGUAUGGAAGAGGCAAAAAGUAACACUCAGCAUGCAACAGAGGACUUUACAAAUACUCAAAACGACAUGAUUCCUGGUGGUCCAAGGUUCAAUUUUAUGUCAGCUCACAAAGAAAACAAUGUAUAUGAUCAGCCACAUUGGGAACAUCUACAACAUGAACAUGUCUCAAUGACAAAAAGCCUCAAAAAUGCUGUCAGUUUUGAAAAUGAACAACAGUCUCAUCAUAUCAUUGAUCCAAUAGAAAUUAUCCCCAACCUUGAUAAACAUACCAAGACAAUAACAUCAUAUUCAAGGGCAGACAAUACAAAUGACAAUCAUUUUAAAGAACAGGAAAUCAAUUGUAUUAGUCAAUCACAGCAACUUUCAACAACUGACACAACUGAUAAUUGUGUUCAAUCAUUUACACAUGACUCAACCAACCUACUGGAAAACUCCUGGCUGAAAGAAAUAUGUCCAUACUUGUAUAGUGAUUCAUACCCAAUGGGUAGACCAUGGCCAGAAUAUCAUAUCUCUAACACAGAAGAGAAAGAACCUACUGUGGGACUGAAGAGUGACAGAGGCCCAGAAAAUAAGUUUAUCCACACUGGCAGGGAGAAUCCAUUUGGAGACAAUACACACACAAUUCUUACAGACAACAUCACUCAUGAUGGAUCUGAGUCUAAUUGUCAAGAAACUCCAGUUGUAAUAGGACCCCAAGUAACAGCACCAAAUAGGAACUUCCCUGAAGACAGAGAUAUUCCUUCUCUCAACAUCAACCACCCAAUGGAGAGUAAAUCAAACAUGGAAAUUCAUCAAAAAGAUGAUUCCAAUCAAAAAAAGAGGAAGAAGGGAUUGUGGGUCAAAACAAGUGCUGAAUCAUCCAGGAAAUCCAAUAAAAGGUUUAACACUAAUCUUGAUGUUGACCGUCACAAGAUAAUCAAUCAAACUCAACAAGAUAAGAUCUCUUCAGAAUCCUUAGACAAUGAUUAUAGUCCAAGAUCCAGUCAUCUUUUUGAAGAUAAUCCACCUGGUGCAUAUAUAAAAUCAGAAAUCCCCAAGUAUUUGGAAUUGAAAGAUCUAGACCAGUCCCAUCUAGGAAAACGGAAACUUACAAUUUCCAAAAACAUUGGCAUAAUGAAUGUGAAUAGAUCUCCAACUCUGUGCUAUGAGAUAGUUGAUUGGUUCCAUGAGAUAUAUAUGAGAAUAAGAGUACAAUGCAAAGAUGAUUCAGAGAUCAAAUCUCUAGGCUGUGCAGUUAAAAAUGCAUACCUUGGGAUUGUAAUGCCUUUUUUUGGUAUUCUCAAAGCCUUUGAGUAUGAUGAAAGUGGGACGCAUGAUAUUCAAAUGCUUCUGAAUGAUGGAUGGAAGUACAUUAAAAAUAUUUUUUCUCAUUGGAAAUCUGCAACACCAGAACAUUUUGAAUUUGGAAAGAUAACAAAGUUUGGCAAGGCUUCUGACAUCUUGAUUUCAGGUUGGCAGCUAAAAUAUCUGAAAGGUAUUUCUGGCCCUGUUUCAAUACCAUUCUCACUGGUUAUGUCCAUUGUGCAUAUGUGGUCAAAAGAUCAAUGGAACUCAAGGAUUCCAGAAGAUAUAAAUCUUGGCAGAUUGAUGGAAGUAAAUGAAUCUGACACAAGUUCAAGAGAAGGUGGAUUAUAUUCCAGGAGUGGAAUCAGGAAUGACGCAUUCUGGGGAGCAGAGCAAUUUUCAAAAGAUCACUGGUAUCUAAUUGGGAGUGCAGAACUUCCAUUACCAAACAGGACAGGAAACAUCUACAAUUCAGCCCAGUUUCACACAAAUAUUGGCAGAGGAAUGUGCAAGAAUGUGCACUCUUAUUUUGAAAAGCUGAUCCGUGAUCUAAUAGGACGUUACAAGGAACUGAACAAUGACAGUUUUUACACAACUCCCAAAGGAGUCCAUAUAUCUAACACCAUGCAUUCACCAAACCUUGAUUUGAUUGUUCAAGCAGUGAGCAUUGCACAGUACAAAGUCACUGUUCCAUACAUGGGUGCACUGAGGCAUUUUUAUAAAAGAUUGUUAUCUGAGGAACAACUUGAGAUCUUGCUCAUGAAUGCAUGGAUCUUUCUCAAAGAAAUAUACUCUAAAUGGAUUUUGUUGGAUUUUCAGCCAAACAAUCUUGAACAACUGUUUCAGUCCAAAGGUAUUGGAAAUUUUCAAAUACAUAGAUCAACAGAUCCUGCAUAUAUGUUCAAGAUUCAUUUCAAACUCAACAAAUCAAGAACCCCAAAGAGCCUUGUUAUUCACCUUCUUAACUCAUGGAGCAAGAUGAUAACCAAAAGUCAAAAGGGAUUAAGAGAGUCACAGAGGUUUUCUGCAAUAGGAUUUCUAUUCACACCAUUCAAUGAGGAGGAUAUUUCACAUUUGUGGUGA